AUGGCUACUGGAUCGACCGUGCGGAUGACCCCCGCGGCCGUCACGACCAACCUCCUCCGCGCCUCCGCCCAGUCCUUCACGCCCACGACCACGUCACCCUCGCAGGCGACGUCCGGCCGCGCGGCCGACCCCGCCCGGAACAAGCGGACGCGCAAGCCCCGAGCUGCAGGUAGCCCCCCGGCGGCCAAGCAAGAGGCCAAGAACGAGGCCAAGAACGAGCCCAAGCCGGCGCGGAAGCAGCGCCAGCCCAAGGCGAGUACGGGGCCGACGAAUCCGACGCCGAUACCAGCGCCGGCGGCGACCGCCGAGGCGGCGCCGUCCGAGGCCAAGAAAAAAUCCCGGUCGCGCAAGUCCAGAGCCAAGGCCAAGGCGCCCGUGGCCGCACCGGCGCCGACGACGGCCACCGCAACGACGACGAUGACGAACGACGACGACGGCGAGGACGAGUGCUGCCUCGUAUGCGCCGAGCCGUUCACGUACCACGCGAUCGGCGAGUGCAACCAUGCGGGCAUCUGCUCGUUGUGCUCGAUGCGCAUGCGCCUCCUCAUGAAGGACAAGCAGUGCCCGAUCUGCAAGCAAACCAACGACCGCGUCAUCGUGACCAAGGUCGUCGCGCCGUACGCGAGCUUUGGCAUCUGGGGCGAGACGGGCGGUCCGGGCGUCACGCUGGACGAGAAGGCCGAGAUGUUCUUCAGCCAGUGCGACGACCAUCACGCGGAGCUUGUGGCACUGCGUACGCUGCAGUGUCGCCACUGCCACGCCAAGGUCUUCAAGACACCGGAAGAGUUUGCGGCCCACAUGCACAGCGCGCACAAGCUGUCGUUCUGCGAGCUCUGCCUCUCGCACCAGCAUUUCUUUGCCUACGAGCAGCCGCUGUACACGAAGGGCCAGCUCAAGGCCCACAACUCGCAGAUCAACCGGCAGCACUCGACGCAGAAGUUCCGCGAGUACCACCCGAACUGCGAGUUUUGCCUCCGUCGCUUCUACUCGGACGUCGAGCUGCAUACGCACCUCGAGCAGGACCACUUCAAGUGCCACCUCUGCAACGCCGGCCACCGCUACUACCGCAACUACAUUGGCCUCGAGUCGCACUUUCGCAAGCAGCACCACCUCUGCGAACACCCCACGUGUCUCGGCAACCGCUUUGUGGUAUUUAACGACGAGCUCGAGUACCAGAACCACGUGUUUGGCUUGCACGGCGACGACACGCGCUUCCUCGCGCAGUUUGCCGGUCGCCCGAUGGAGCUGCCGAGCGAAGUCCAUAGCGACGUCUGGGACUAUGAGCGAGCGGCGCACCACACACCGGCGGUCGCGCGCGAAGCCUUUCCGGCGCUGCCGACGGCAACAGCACCGUUGGCGCCGCUGCCGGCACCGGCGAUUGCGCCGACGCGGACGCCAACCCCGGCACCGACGCCGGUCGUACCGCGGCAGACAAUCGCGACCGCGCUUUUGCAGCGGAAUCAGGCGCUGGCGACGGCCUUUGGACGACCGGCGUCGACGACGCCCGACGCACUCGCAACCGAACUCGGCCCCAAGUACUCGGCCGAGCUCCAAGAGUGGGGGCGCACCAAGUUCCGGACGCUCUGCACGAUCGAGCGCCAGAUUGAAGCCAUGCUCGCGGACCGCUCGAGCUUCAGCCUCCACCUCAAGGCCAUGCCCCGCGACCACCGGCGCAUGAUGCAUGAACUCGCUGUGUUUUACCAGCUGCAGUCGGUGUCCCGGGACGUCGAGCCGCGCCGGUUCAUCUCGCUCAUCAAGACGCCGACGUCGGCCGUGCCCCCGGUGACGCUCUCGCAGUUUCUCCAAGGACCCAAGCCAGAAAAGCCCCGCGUGCGCCGCGCGCGCGUCAUCGUCGAGCGCAACGUGCAGCUGCCCGUGGGCCGUGGGUGGGAGUCGCUCCCGCCUCCACCGCCGGUCGUCGUCGCACCGGACGCCUGGAGCGACGACGACGACGAAGAUGACGCGCUCAUCAACCCGACGGCCGUCACGACCGAAGGCGCGACGCGGCUCGAGUUCCUCCGGCGCACCGACGUCGUGGCCUCCGACGACGAGGCGGAGCCUUUAACCGCCUAG